UAAACUCAAAACGUGUGGGACUUCAACACCAAACAAUAUAAUACAAUAACAAUACAUCACCAUAUAAAGUGGAAAAAUAUCACCGCACGCAGGCGAAAUUGAACCUAAAACUUUUCACAAAAAAAGAUCUUUGAGUGCCUUCGCUUUGCCGCUAGAGCAAUGCCUCGUUGACUUUCCUAGAAUAAGGACUUCUAAUUAGGGUCCAGUUGCUAUCUCGGGUAGAUAGAAAAAAUAUAGCAAAAUCUCAACUGUUAAUUAAAUGGCCAGUUAAUGCCUCAUCUAGCAGUAAGAUAUGCGAGUCCACAUACCCUCAAACAUCUUUCCUACAUAAAUGCCACUUUAAGUAACCCAAAUCACAUCACAAAAAAUAACAAGUGCACUACUACAUAGCAUAUAUAUAUACCUACUAGUAACUCAUAUUAUAAUUUUACCUUGAAUUUCAAUCUAUAAUAUGGCCGAGGAGAAGCACCGCCACCACCACCACCGCCACAUGGAGGAGGAGGAGCCCGUCGAGGCGGCGACGUACUCGGAAACCGCCUAUACCAUCGACGGCCCCGAGCAGUACACGAAGACCGAAAGCUACGCCGUCGUUGAUCAGAACAAUGGGUAUGAGAAAUUUGAGAAAGAAGAGAAGCAGCACAAGCGCAAAGAGCACCUCGCCGAGAUAGAGGCCAUGGCCGCCACCGGUAUUGCCUUAUAUGAGAAGCGCGAGGCGAAGAAGGAUCCACAGAACGAACACAGGCAUAAAAUAGAGGAGGAGAUAGCGGCGGCGGCGGCGGUGGGAGGCGGCGGUUAUGCUUUCUAUGAGAAGAAAGAAGCUAAAGAAGAGGAGGAGAGGGCUGAGGGAAAGAAGCACCGCCACUUCUUUUAAUUCAUACCAACUAGCUAGUAUAUGUUUAUAUAUAUACAUAUCAUGCUACUUAAAUAAGAAAAAAUGGUGUGUGUUUGUGCGUUUGUGUAUGUUAAUGUGUUACUAGUGAGUGACUGUGUGUGUGUGUCUGUGAAAAGAGUAGCAUCUAUCAUAAGAAUAUAUCGUGUAUCAUCCAUGUAAUUGUUUCUCUUUUGAUUUGGUUUGGUGUAUUUUGGAUCGAGCGGUACAAAAAGAUCCUAAUAUAAAUCGAUUUUUAACCAA